AUUUACUUCCAAUGUAGACGUCCCUUAAAUCUUUCAUUACUUUUUGGAUUAAAGAGAAGAAAAAUUUACUUUUUAGGGAUAUAAAUAAGAAUAUUAUGUGCCGUAUAGUCACAAAUAUCUUUGAGGAAGGCUGAAGGCACAGUGCGACGGGAGACAAAUUAUCAGAUGGAGAAAAAAAUUUUGUCAACUGUCAAGAGUGUCCAAAGCUUUACAUUGUUUUGUAGUAUAAUUGAUUGAUUGAUACAAUUGCUGCGAUGGAGGAGAAAUCUGACCAAAUUAAGGAAAAUAACGAUAACAAUAUUGACAUAGAAUCGAAAACAAUAUUAAAGAGAAAACUUCAGAUGAAAUCUGAAGCACUCAUGUUACUAAGCCAGGAGUUGGAUCAAUGUAGGAUACAACGAGAUCAGUUUAAAUUGAUGGCUGAACAAAUUCAAGAAAGAUUUUUGCAUUUAAAGAAGCAGAUGUGUGACACAAAAGAAUUGAAUAGAUGCUACAAUUUAGAUGAUGACUUUAGAACUUUAGAUUUGUUAACAGAAGCACGAGAACAGAAUAAAUGCCUGAGGUUACAAGUAGAAACACUAAGACAGAAGCUAGGGGAUGCUGAGGGUGAUAUCAAGGCAUUGCGUAUGAAUAACAAUCGUGUGUCAGUUGAACAACAAGAUGUGCAAGUUGCACCCUCAAUGCAUCAAAGGGAAGAAAUGAUAGAACAAUUAGAAAAAUUAAAUUUAAAGUGUUCACAAUUACAAACGGAUCUACAAACAGUUCUGGAUGAAAAACAUGAGCUAGGAAUGGAAAGAGAUGCCUUCAAGUGUAAGGCACAUCGUUUGAAUCAUGAGCUGUCCAAGGCUUUAAAUGCUUCGAAACCAGUUGAUUUGGAUGCUCUUAUCAAUGAGAAUAGGUACUUGCAAGAAAGAUUACAACAAUUACUUGAGGAGAAAGAACUCACUCGCCAAUCCUUGUCAAAAUACAAGAGUAUGUUGGAUAGUAAACGAACUAAAGGAGCUAUUAAAUUGGGAGCAAAUUCUGCAGUUGGAACAGUAAUGACUCAUAAACAAGUUGAACAGCUUCUUCAAGAGAGUUCUUAUAUACCACCUCAGAAGUCUGCUGCUGCCGUUACCGAUCUACGGUGUCUUUGCACAGCUUUGUUGGAAGCUUUGAAUGACAAAACUUUAGCUCUAGCUCACCAAAAGAAAGCGAAUAAAAUAUUGGCAUUAAGAAUCUGUGAACUCGACAGUGCAGUACAAUCACCGACUAUGAGGCUUUUGGAAGGCUACACGAGCGCCAAUGUUGAUUUGAGAUGCGAUAACGAGUUUAACGAUUUAGAUCAUACGAAUAAUUGCGGUGCAGAUAGCAUCGAAGAGACCAAUAUUAUAACGAACAAGAGUAACGUACAGUGUAGCUCUUCACCUGAAAAUCAAGUUAUACAACAAUUGCAAUCGAUUCAAAUGAGCCUUCCGAAAAAUCUGGGAAUAUUGGUUCAAAAGGCGUUAAAUAAUCUGAAAGAUAAUGACAAACAGAAGAUAUGAAGUUAAAGUCACAUGGUAUACAGAAAAGUAUACGUGCCUCCACAUGUACAUGUACGUGUGCAUAAAUCAUGUCUCUGUAAACAGAGAAGAUGGAGUAUUCUAAUGAAAAAUUCAUUAGUCUGCUUCAUUCGACAUAUAUGAAUCUAGUCUCUCGGAAUCGUUGAAAACUAACGAAUUCGAGGUAACGAUUAAUUUAUGAUCUUUAAUGUGACAUGAAAUGCUUAAUAUUUUUACCGAAUUAGUAGUUAAUACAGCAAUCUCAAAAUUUUGAUAGAUACAGAUUUUAAUGAAGCAAAAGAGGCAGUUGUGUUUCUUACAUGAUGUCGGUUAUCACGGUUGAUUUGACAUAUCAUUUACGUAGGACAUAGCACCGUAAUAGAUAGGUUGACAGUACGAUCGUACUAAAUGAUGGCGUUUCUGCAAGUACUUUUUAUGCAAGACACCGUUCAGAUGGUCACAGAUUGAAUUAAGUCUUUCCAUGAGAGUUAUUGAUGGACCUGCUGAUUUCUUUAAUUGAUCUCUUUAAUAAGAUGCGUUUCCUCUAUGUGAGAAUAUGUAUGCAUGUUAUUAUUAUCAAAUCAAUAUGUCUGAUAUAUCCUAUGUAUAAUAUAUCUGUAUAUAUUAGAAGAGAAAGACCAAUUAUCAUUUCUUUUGUUUUUAUGCUCGUAUCUAUCAACAUCGAUUAAAUAAUCUUAAUUUGAGUUUAUGAAUUGAGGAUUAUGAAAUUCUACAUAGUCUUCUAUAUAGACAUAAUACAUAACGUAAAUUAAAUUAUGUGAGAUGUUAUAUAUGGAUGUCGUUUUGAAGAACGUAUGUCUUGCUAAAAAAUUAAUUGAGAAGAGUUUAAAUGUUUAACCUUUAAAAUCCUAAUGUAUAAAUUUAUGAAAAUUGUUUCUUAAACAGUUUGCAGUGUGUAGAAUUCUUUGCUUGCAUUCUUAUCUACAGAAAGUUUAAUCUACCAAUCUAUUAAAUAAUGAAAUUAUAUAAAAAAAAAGAAAAAUUUGUGUGUGUGUUAUCUGUUUUAAAUAUUACAUUUAUAAUUAAUGUCCAAAACAGAUACGGUGACUGUCUCAUAAUUUAAUUAUUCCUGUAUAUUUUAAUAUAUAAUUUAUAUUAUACACAAUUUAUAUUCUCUACAUAAAAAACGACUGCAUAUCACGUAAAAAAUACGUAAAUAAUCCGCGUAAUCUUAAAAUGUACGGCAUAAAAAAAAUUUUGGUUUAAACUUUAUUCAAAGAUUUAAAUUUAAAUUUAGGUUUAGAACGACGGUUGAUAGAAACGAAUAUUAUUAAAAGCUUUUUGGUAAGACUGAAAACUGAAGAAAUGAGAAUUAGUCCUUUCCGCCCGAAGUAUAGAUUUAGUAAAUUUACAUUGUUAACUUCGUUACUCUCAA